CUUUUGUUACUUGCUCGACGUGCAUUGGUCUACAAAAAAGAGUUAAUAAUUUGUGUCUGUGUAUAAAUUUAUAUAUAUAUAUAUACUUACCAAUUGCCAGUCUGCAUUGGUUACUUCAAAUAUUGUUUGUAUUUAGCAGCACCAUGGACUUCCAAAGCGAUCUAACGACUGAUAUGUCAUCGGACAAGAAAAACGGGAGGGGAAAGAUUGACAUCAAGCGGAUCGAAAACACCACGAAUCGUCAGGUCACCUUCUGCAAGCGCCGCAAUGGAUUGCUCAAAAAAGCCUAUGAGUUAUCCGUGCUUUGUGACGCUGAGGUCGCCUUGAUCGUCUUCUCCAGCAGAGGCAGGCUCUAUGAAUACGCAAACAACAGUGUUAAAGGAACGAUAGAGAGGUACAAGAAAGCAUCCUCGGAUCCCUCAAGUAAUGGGUCAGUCUCUGAAGCCAAUGCUCAGUACUACCGGCAAGAAGCCUCCAAGCUGCGUGCUCAAAUCAGUAAUUUGCGGAAUCAAAACAGGACCAUGCUGGGUGAUUCUUUAGGGGGGAUGUCACUGAGGGAGCUCAAGAAUCUGGAGUCAAAGGUUGAAAAAGGAAUCACCAAGAUCAGAUCCAAGAAGAAUGAAUUGCUAUUUGCCGAAAUUGACGACAUGCAAAAGCGGCAGGAGGUUGACUUGCAUCAUAGUAAUCAGUUCCUUCGAGCUAAGAUUGCAGAGGCUGAUAGAGGUCAUGAUGAGCAGCAGAUGGGCAUGGGCAUGAUGCCGGCUGAGAAUUCCGAGUACGACUACGAGCCGCCAUUAUUGAUGGAUGCCCGGGAUUAUCUUCAUGUCAACCCUUUGCAACAAACCGACAAAGACGACGACUACAACAACAACGACUAUACGAGACAAGACCAACCUCCUCUUCAGCUAGUACUCAUGAACGACGACAUUCCAUUCAAGUGGCGGAUCUCAUAUAUCGAUCUCUUAGAUCCAGUCGAGUCUAGUAGAUGAUGAAUGAAGUUAGCUAUACACGCACACAUACACAUCAUGACACAUGAGGCAGGCACAGGUAGGUAGCUAAUUAAGGUAGAUGGAGGAGGUGGGAAAUGUCGGUGGG